UUGACGCUGAUAUUAUCAGUAAAAAAAAAAUCAGACUAAUUUCCUGAUUCUUCUCUUAUCAAUUUAAAAACUAUCACAACGUUUAUUGAUGCCGCAUUCAUGGCUGUUAAGUUGUAAUAUAAACUAGUAAUAAGUUGACCUUUAAACGAAUGUACUGUACUUCUUUCAGCGCAAUAAUAUUCGGGACCCAAUUUUAAAUAAGUACAAUCUUAUUAUAAAAUAAAAUUUGCUCUAAAGAAGCAAAUAAAAUUUUUAACGUUAUAAAGGUUUCGUGAACACCGCCAAAAUUAUUUACUAUUCCAAAUACGAAAAUAUUUCCCCGAUGGCCAAGCCAGUGCUGUAUUCAUACUGGCGCAGCUCAUGUUCCUGGCGAGUUAGAAUUGCAUUAAACUUAAAAGAAAUACCAUAUGAUAUAAAAGCAGUCAGUCUCAUCAAGGGUGGAGGGGAGCAGCACUGCAAUGAGUAUAGAGAGGUCAAUCCUAUGGAACAGGUCCCAUCACUGGUCAUUGAUGGCCAUACCUUAAUAGAAUCACUUAGUAUAAUGCAUUAUUUAGAAGAGACAAGGCCUCAAAGGCCUUUGAUGCCUCAAGACUGCUAUAAACGGGCGAAAGUUAGGGAAAUUUGUGAGGUAAUUUCGUCAGGUAUCCAGCCAUUACAAAACCUGAUAGUUCUUAUCCAUGUGGGAGAAGAGAAGAAGAAGGAGUGGGCGCAGCACUGGAUCACGCGUGGUUUCCGAGCUGUUGAGAAGAUUCUGUCGUCCAUAGCAGGGAAGUAUUGUGUUGGCGAUGAGAUUUCGCUCGCUGACUGCUGCCUUGUACCGCAGGUGUUUAAUGCUAGAAGAUUCCACGUGGACCUCCGGCCGUUCCCAAUAAUCCUGCGCAUCGACCGCGAGCUGGAGAACCACCCCGCGUUCCGCGCCGCGCACCCGUCCGCCCAGCCCGACUGCCCGCCCGAGGCCGCUAAAUAAUACUCGAUACAUGGGGCUUGUGGGGCUGGUGGGGUUGGUUGGUGGGGCACCAGCUGACAGUGGAAUGGUUGUGCUUGCAGACACGUUCCGAAAGGUUUAGUAUGAAACGUAACACCGUUGACAGUUUGUGAGAACUUUUUACAUACGCGGUAUUGUAAUUUUAUUAUAUGAUUGCACCGUGACGGUAGAAAUAAAUUAUUUACAGAGCGAUUGCGUACGGACCAGGUCGUUAAUUAUAUUGGAUUUGAUUAUAGAAUUUGGAAUUGAUACAUUAUCAUCAAAUGCGCUUUGACUCUUACUGGUAUUAUAGAUGGACCAAGUUAGGCCUUCAGCUAUUCGUCGGUAAAUAAGAAAGAGAUAACCGCAGUACCCAGGUAUCUGUCUCUACUCGAUUUUUUUUCUUACGUCAGAAGAGACAGCGAUAGAAUAUCGUGAUCUACUCUCUCUUAAAUAAUUAAGUUUGUCACUGUAUGUUUUAAAAUAAGGCAAAUAAGAUCAAAUUCCUUAUAAUAAAUUUCUAUUGAAUCACCUUAUAAUACUUUAUUGUUCAAAAAUUUGAUGGUGAAUAAAUUCCAUGCAAUGCCAUAAC